UUCUUAGCUCAGAAAAAAUAAAGGUGUGUGUCAUGACCUGAGUAUUUAAACACUAGCUCCUACAGCCACAUCAAACAGGUACCACAGCGACUUCACUACAUAAACACCUCAGCACAGAGAAACACUUGAUCUCUGCAUUAGAAUGAGUGCAAUGGAAACUGAGAAAGGAGCAAAGGAGCAUCUGAGACUGGUGUUGGUCGGCCUUCAGGGUGUGGGGAAGAGUGCAGCAGGAAACACCAUCCUGGGGCGUGGAGAGUUUCGCUCAGACAUCAGCUCCAGCGCUCUGACACUGCAGACCGAAUGCAGGGAAGGUCUGGUAUGUGGGAGAAGUGUGAUAGUGGUGGACACUCCAGGUCUCUUCAAUAGCACACUCUCAGACACAGAGAUGAAGCAGGAGAUGGAGAAAGCAGUGACUCUCUGCCAACCAGGACCUCACGCUUUUCUCAUCAUCAUCCAGCUGGGACGAUUCACAGAGCAAGAGAGGCACGUGAUGGAUGAGCUGACUGAACUGUUGGGCUCAAACAUUAGUCUCUACUCCAUGGUGCUAUUUACUUAUGGAGACAAACUGAAGAAGAAAACAAUAGAUCAGUUUGUGAAAGAGGAUAAGUAUUUGAUGAAACUGAUUGGCAAAUGUGGGGGACGGUACCAUGUGUUCAAUAAUUCUGACACAGAAAAUAAAGCUCAGGUCAGUGAUUUCUUGGAGAAAAUAGACACCAUGAUCAAGAGAAGGAAAAAACACCCAUUAUAUGUAAAGAGUGCAAGACAUGUGCAAUAUCCAUGGGCAAAAAUCCUCUGCAUUACUUUGCCAGUUGUAACAUUAUUAGCAGUUACCAUGAUGUAUACUAAGAAGCAAGUACCAGCAGAGUCACAGCCAUCAUCAGUAAAGGAAGUUGUAUCUAAUGAGGUGACUAAGAAGGUCAUAGAGUCAGUUCCUGUCCAACCUGAAGAUGUUUUGGAGACAAGUGCACGAUUUUGGCAAAUGCUACAUGGGGUAGAUUUCAACUGGAAAGGGCUGAUUCCUAUAGGUCUAGGGUUAGGGGCAGGCUGGUGGAUCCUGCGGAAAUUACGGAAAUAACUCCUGCAAUGUAAUGAUUGGAAACCUCAAACAGAUAAUGAGAUAAUCAAUAAGUUAAGAUGGCUCUAAAUGAUUACUCACAUUUUCUUCAUAUCAAACAUUUAGUUUAAUCUCACAUAGUUGGAAGGGAAGUCUAUUAUGCUUUAAGUCAAUGUGCUAGAUUUUUGUUAGGAAUGUUUAUUUAAUGGUCUAAAGCAAGAUAGUUCUCAUGUUUAAAUGUCUUCUUCAUAAUCAAUGGCAUAAAAUAUUAUUGAGGUGAAACUGUAGUGAUUUUGUUCAAUUGUUGUACAAGGGAUUUUCAUUGUGAAAUAAAGAUAAGUUGUGUUUUGAAAUGUG